CAUCCCUACCAAAACCAACCACGACGAAAGAAACAAAAUAAAGUAAACCGAAAAGAUAAUGUCGACUGCCAUCAGCCCAAGAUUUGCAGCGGCUAACCUCCUCUUGAAAGCCGGCACCGGCUCCGGUGGUGGUGUCCAUCUCCAAUUUCUAUCCUCCUCACCUCAUUUCCCUUGGGUGCCUCGUCCUCUUGUAUUUCAACAUCGUAAUCAUGAUGAUAUUAAGACCGUUACCAGUACCACUCACACACCCCCUCGUCCUCGCAUGCUUCGACCAUUCUUCUCAUCCUCCACCUCCAUAACUAGAGGACGCGCGUUUUGCACCGGCACCACUGCCGCUGAGGUUGCCACCGAAUCCGCUGAGGCUUCUUCUUCUUCGUCUUCUUCUUCUUCAAUCAGAGAUGCGGCCGAUAUGCUGGACAUUAGGGUUGGCCGCAUCCUCAAGGCUUGGAGGCACGAGGAGGCCGAUUCUCUCUACGUCGAAGAGGUUGAUGUUGGCGAGGCUGAGCCCAGAAUCAUCUGCAGCGGCCUCGUCAAUUACAUUCCGCUUCAGGACCUUCAGGAUAUAAAAGUAAUUGUUCUCGCUAAUCUCAAGCCUAGAAAUAUGCGCGGUGUCAAAUCGUUCGGGAUGCUCAUGGCUGCUUCUGAUGCUUCCCAUGACAACGUCGAGCUUCUUCUGCCUCCCCAAGAUUCAAUCCCCGGUGAAAGAAUUUGGUUUGGCUCUCAAAUCGAUCGAGAAAAUCGGACUCCUCCUGCUCCUGCCACUCCUAACCAGAUUCAAAAGAAAAAGAUCUGGGAACUUGUUCAACCUCAUCUUAAGACGAAUGAUUGUUGUAUUGUUAUGCUCGGGGACCAUGUUAUGCAAACAUCUGCUGGUGCUGUACUGUGCAGAUCUUUAAAGAAUGCAAAUGUCUCCUGAUUGGAGCAACAACUUCAUGCCACUUGCGAGCACAACUUUUUGAUACCUACAUUUAUCAUUAAAGCAUUGUCCACUCUAAUGUGCAAAAUGCUGUUAUGAUAUGCUUCAAUUCGAUUUAAUAUUCUACCAUUUCAUAUGAUUCAAAACUUGGCUUCAUGUUUGAGCUAUCUAGGCUUUAUAGAAUCACUGAAUCAGGCCAUGAUAAGAACCAAGAGAAGUUUGGCUUGAAGAUUAUCUUUGGUUCCACUUGAAUUCAUGUUUGUGGAAUUGUAAACUAGGAAUUUGGAAUCAAGGACGUACUAGAGGUGAUCCUACAAUGUUGUAGGAAAAUUUGUCUUUGGAGAUUUGUUUUGAGAAAUUUGAAAAUUUGUCAGCCAAUAUGAGAAAUUUUGUGGGA